AUGGAACCACCGGAUACAAGAAUGGUCAAGAAAUGUGCAUAUCAUAGUCAUGUUGUAUUACGAUUUGCACCAAAUUCACAAAUUGCAAUAACAAUUGCUAGUACUGGAGUUGCUGGAUCUUUAUCAAAUCAAUUGAAUUCACCUAAUGGGAUAUUUGUUGACGAUAACCUUACUUUAUAUAUUGCUGAACAUCAAAAUCAUCGCAUUUCAAUGUGGAAAUAUGGAUCACUUUCUGGAAUCACAGUUGCUGGAACUGGAAUAGCUGGUAGUAGUUUACAACAACUCAAUGAACCUACUGAUGUUGUUGUAGAUCCAUACGGAUAUAUGUAUAUUACCGAAGAAGGAAAUAAUCGAAUUGUUCGAUGGAAACUUGGUUCUGACUCUGGCAUUUGCAUAGCAGCUUGUACUGGUAUCAAUGGAACUCAAAUGAAUCAGUUAUAUGCUCCUGUUAGCAUUGUAUUUGAUAGUACCGGCUCAUUAUAUAUUAGUGAUUAUUAUAAUUAUAGAGUGCAGAAGUUUCAAUUUCUGUAUAAUGCAAAUCAAACAACAACUACAGGUCAGUCGAUUGCAACAGUACCGACUACAAAAAUAACAACAACAAAGCGCCGUUUAAUCACGACUCCGACAAAUAAUAAUCAAGAAAUAUCAGCAUCUUUUACAAUAUCUGGAACAACAAUUAUGGGAUGUUAUCUUAUAUUUAUGACUCUAUAUUAUAACUACUGA